UACUGUACAGUUACUAGACUGCAACCCAAGUGAAACACGCCUCUAGUGCUGCACUCCUCUCUGCUCUCCACGGAUGUUUUUGGACACAAACUUUUAACCAAUAGGAACACCCUAUUCUGCUCAGCCAGACUGCAACAACAUGGAAGCGGAGACACGACUGAAAAACUUUGAUUAACUUCAACUUCUUUACGCAGUUAAAACAACAAACCGAACGCACAGCAAAUGAGACACAUAACAGUCAUUCUCUCAUAGAUGUGUAUUUGGAAAUCAAGAAAAUGCUCGGGAUGUACGUUCCAGAUAGAUUUGCUUUGAAGUCCUCUCAGGUCCAAGACGGAAUCGGUCUUUACACCGCCAGAAGGGUGAAAAAGGGGGAGAAGUUUGGUCCCUUUGCAGGUGAGAAGAGAAUGCCCCAGGAGUUAGAUGACAACAUGGAUCCUAGAUUAAUGUGGGAGGUUCGUGGGAGUAAAGGAGAAGUGCUUUACAUUCUGGAUGCCAGUAAUCCACGGCAUGCAAGCUGGCUUCGCUUUGUCCAUCAGGCGCCCUCACAAGAGCAAAAGAACCUGGCUGCUAUUCAGGAUGGAGAAAAUAUAUUCUACCUGGCUGUAGAUGACAUUGAAACGGACACAGAGCUUUUGAUUGGUUACUUGGACAGUGACAUGGAAGAAGUGGAGGAGGAGGAGGAAGAAGAUGAAGUCCUCAUCAAAGUGGAUGAAGAAAAUAGCAGAGAAGCACAACAGAUAGGUGAGAUCGGUCUGAAUGAGCUGGUAAGUGGAAAGGAGGACCACACCUGCCCACACUGCGAGAGCAGCUUCUCUAGCCAAGAGAUACUUGCUUCACACGUACAGACACUUCACCAAAAACCCAGUGAAGAUAAAGAAUUCAAGUGCAGGAACUGUGGGAAGAGGUUUCCUGUCAAACAGGCUUUACAAAGACAUGUUCUGCGGUGCAAAGAAAAUGCCAGCCCAGUAGACACUUCCUCAAGAAUGUUCCAGUGUUCCCUCUGCAGCACCUCCUUCAACUCCGAGUCCAGUUUCGAACAGCACAAGGAAGCUUGCAAAGGCGAUGCCAGGCUUAUUUGUAAAGCUGUUAGCUGUGGAAAGAGGUUCAAGAGCAAGGGUGCUCUGAAGAAGCACAAAGAGAAUGGCCAUAUAGGAAACGCUCGCAAGAAGCUGAUGUGCUCCGUUUGCAAUAAGAAGUGCUCUUCAGCUGGGACCCUGCAGGAGCAUCGAAAGGUCCAUGAAGUCUUUGACUGUCCAGAGUGUGACAAGAAAUUUAUUUCAACUAACCAGCUCAAACGACACAUGAUUACCCAUUCAGAGAAACGCCCCUACACCUGUGAGGUCUGCAGCAGGUCUUUUAAACGCCUCGACCAGGUAACAGCUCACAAGAUCAUACACAGUGAAGACAAGCCCUACAAGUGCAGGCUGUGUGGAAAGGAGUUUGCACAUCGAAAUGUCUACAAGAACCACAAGAAGACUCACUCUGAAGAGAGACCAUUCCAGUGCGAGGAAUGUAAAGCUUUGUUCAGGACGCCGUUCUCCCUGCAAAGACACCUGUUGAUACACAACAGUGAAAGGACAUUCAAGUGUGAUCAUUGUGAUGCAACAUUCAAAAGGAAGGACACUUUAAAUGUUCAUAUUCAGGUGGUGCAUGAAGGGCACAAGAAAUAUAAAUGUGAUCUGUGCGAGAAGGCCUUUGUGACUCCCUCUGUGCUGAAGAGUCAUAAGAAAACCCACACUGGAGAAAAGGAGAAAAUAUGCCCAUACUGUGGCCAGAAGUUUGCAAGUAACGGGACCCUGAGAGUUCACAUCAGGAGCCAUACAGGUGAGCGCCCCUACCAGUGUCCUCACUGUGACAAGGCUUUCAGCAAGAAUGACGGGUUAAAGAUGCACAUUCGGACGCACACAAGGGAAAAACCGUACCAGUGCUCAGAGUGUAAGAAGGCCUUCAGCCAGAAGCGAGGCCUGGAUGAGCACAUGAGGACACAUACAGGGGAGAAGCCCUUCCAGUGUGAUGUUUGUGAUCUGUCCUUCAGCUUGAAGAAAAUGCUGAUUCGCCACAAGCUGACUCAUAAUCCAAACAGACCCAUGGCAGAAUGCCAGCUGUGCCACAAGAAGUUUACAAGAAAUGACUACCUCAAAGUACAUAUGGAGAAUGUGCAUGGAGAGACAGACAGUUAAACCUCGUAUUCAAUACAGCUUUCAAGAUGAUGCAAAUAAUUUUGUGAAAUGAUAAGCAAAUGAAAAACCUUGGUGAUUAGGGAGGGCACAGUUAUACCUUUCAACCGGACCAAGCAAUCCCCAAAACUACUAUUGUCCAUGCUAGCCAAACCCAGAUACUUACAAUUCCACUUUUUGUUUUUGGGCAAAUAACAUACCCCUCAGAAAACCCCUGGGCACAAAUCUCGAAGAAUCGUAGAACCCCCACUGACCCUAUCUUCUCUUCCUCAUGUAGUUGUAUUACAGCAAAUUGCUGUCAGGUAAUUGAGUUACAGUGCACUACUGUAACAUAACAAAAUGGUUUAGUUAUAAAAAGAUUAUAAAAGGCAGUGCUUGCCAUUAUAAGUAUUGUAUUGUAUGUUAUUUUUAGGUGCUGUGUUUUUUGUGUGUUUGUUUUUUCAUGUUAAAUGUUCAGAAAUGAUACAAGGGUAUAAAGUGUUUAAUACCAGUGUACUGGCAUUCAGGUUGUCAGCUGAACCACUGCUGUUCAAACGUAACCCAUCACAGCAUGCUGUCCUGUCUGGGUUAAUCCAUAUCUUGAUUAUCAUUUAGCAGCAAUCAUGCUGUGUGCUUUUGUACUGUGAAAUAUUUGAUUACUGCAGUUUGGUACACGUGGGAAUGCCCAGCAUCUCCAUUUGGAAUGCCUUUUCUUUUAUUUCUAGAAAUACCAAAUGUAUACAUUGAUCUUGAAUACAGGCUUUUGCUACUAGUUUGAAACUGCCUUGCUGUCAUUGCCUCUGAAUUGCUGGUUUCAGUGAUGUCCUUCUAUGCAACCGCAUUCAGACUCCCAUGAUCUCCUGUUGAUUCAAUUAAUAAAACCAGUACUGUCCUAUAUUUCACUAUUUUAUCAAGUUAUGAUAUAUUGUGUAGUGUUUUCCAAAUCUUUGUAACAUGGAAAGCAUGACAUGAGCUUUACUGUUUUAUGUUAAAGAAAUUCAAGCCAUCCAAUGCAUCAUUCCUUUUUUUUAUAUAAAUGCAAUGCAUUUCAGUACUUGAAUAAAGGUUAGCGAUAAA